CUCCAUUGACAGGCCGGACUGGUGUCUCCCGAUAACCCCGAUCAGCUGAUCAUUGCCCUGGAACCUGAAGGAGCGUCCAUCUACUGCCGCAAGCUCCGCCUCCACCAGAUGAUCGACCUCAGCAAUAAGGCGGCCAUCAACGGGGUCAGCCCAACAGAUCCAGCCAAAGAUCACACGCGGAAGAACCGGCAGAGCCGAAUAUUCAUGGUGGAGAACGUGAUUGGAGAGUUAUGGUCGGAGCUGGAGGAAGGGGACAAGUAUGUUGUGGUGGAUUGUGGGGGAGGAACCGUGGACCUGACCGUGCACCAGAUCCGGCUCCCGGAGGGCCACCUGAAGGAGCUCUACAAAGCAUCAGGUGGGCCGUACGGGUCUCUGGGCGUGGACUUGGAGUUUGAGAAGCUUCUCUGUAAGAUAUUUGGGGAGGAUUUCAUCGAUCAGUUUAAGGUGAAGCGGCCGGCCGCCUGGGUGGAUCUGAUGAUCGCCUUCGAGUCGCGUAAAAGAGCCGCCGCGCCGGACCGGACCAACCCGCUGAAUAUCACCUUACCCUUCUCCUUCAUCGAUUACUACAAGAAGUUCCGGGGCCACAGCGUGGAGCACGCGCUGCGCAAGAGCAAUGUGGAUUUCGUCAAGUGGUCCUCGCAGGGAAUGCUGAGAAUGAACCCGGACGCUAUGAACGCGCUCUUCAAACCCACCAUGGACCACAUCAUAGAACACUUGUCCAACCUCUUCCAGAAGCCGGAGGUCAGCGGGGUGAAGUUCCUCUUCCUGGUUGGCGGUUUUGCCGAGUCUCCGUUGCUCCAGCUGGCGGUGCAGCAAGCGUUCAGCAGUCAGUGCCGCGUCAUCAUCCCCCAUGAUGUGGGUCUGACCAUCUUGAAGGGGGCGGUCCUCUUCGGCCUGGAUCCCGCCGUCAUCAAGGUGCGCCGCUCUCCCAUGACGUACGGCGUCGGGGUCCUGAACCGCUACGUGGAGGGGAAGCACCCGGCGGAGAAGCUGCUGCUGAAGGACGGCACGCGCUGGUGCACAGACGUGUUGGAUAAAUUCAUUCUAACCGACCAAUCGGUGGCUCUGGGCGAGACGGUGAAACGCAGCUACACGCCGGCCAAACCUUCCCAACUCAUCAUCAUCAUCAACAUCUACUGCUCGGAGCGCGAGGACGUCGGCUUCAUCACCGACCCCGGCGUACGCAAGUGCGGCACCCUGAAGCUUGACCUGACCGGGGCGGACGCCACGCCGCUCCCCACCCGCAGGGAGAUCCAGACCAUCCUGCAGUUUGGGGACACUGAGAUCAAAGCCUCCGCGCUGGACACCAGCACCUCCAAAUGCGUCAAAGUCAGCAUAGACUUCCUAAACUAGGACUCCGCCCCUUUCCCCUCCCCCAAAUUCCCAGCUCUCCAGUAUCCUGACCAUCCCGGGGCCCCGUUAUAUCACGCAGCUAACGUGUGGGGGAUUAGCGCCAUCCACUCCCCUCCAGCACCUGCUGGG